AUGUUCUACUCCAAUCAGUUUCUACCCGCAGACCAUCGACCGGCCGUGCAUGUAGUCUUUUUGCCCAUGCUCGAAUCGCCACAUCCUCACGCGCUUCACACACCCCUUCUUGACAUCAUCGCAUGGCUUCCCUACGGAGUCGUCUGUUAUACCUUCCCCCUCGUUCUAGCCGCACUCCUUUGGCUUUUCCGCCCACCAGCUCUACGUAUACUCGCAAAGGCAUUCGGACACCAGAAUUGCAUCGGCAUAUUCAUAUUCACACAGAUUAUUCUCCCCUACGCAGCACCCUGGUAUGAAAUCAUAUAUGUUCCCACACCCACAGUAUAUGACAUGCCAGGGUCUGCAGGCGGCUUAGCAAGGAUCGACGAGUCAUUCGGCGGUGAAGGCUACAGACGGACUUUUUCAAGUUCACCGCUCGUCUUUGGUAUCAUGGGCACACUUUUCAUCAGCGCAUUGUGGCCAGAUGGCGCGAAAUGGGCCUGGGGAUGCGCAGGGGUGCUCUACUGGAGCAUGAUGUAUCUGAGUCAUCAUUACCUCCUGGAGGAGGGGGUCUGUAAGACCAUAUAA